CCCCUUUGUCUCCGAGUGAAAAGACCUUGACGAGGAAGAAUAUAUUCAGUGAGAAUGCACAGUGUUUACGAGUACAAUGAAGAAUACAUCGACGAGUUCUGCACCGCGAUUCUGUGCUCUGUGUGUACUUCGCGUGACUUGACGAUUAGCGGGUCAAGGUGUUAGAAUCACAAGAGUGGAUAUGGUAACUAUGAACUCCGAAAAAUCGGCUUGCCGCCGAAAACCAGUGGAAAAAAGCAGCAGCGAAAAGACACCAGAGCAUGUUGAGGAGGCCGACAAGAAGAAUGAGGAUAAUCGUAUAACUGAAUCUCCAGAUUUGUCUCCCAACACUCCCACAUACAACGUCACUGCCUCUUGCGCCGAAGACACCCCUAACUACCUUGUCUAUAAGAAGAUGGAGUCGAUCGUAGAAAAGAUGUUAGACGAGUUUACAGGUGUUCCCGUAAAAACAGUCAAGACUUUCAUGACGAAAACGCCAUCUGUUUUUACAGGCACGGAUCUCAUAGCAUGGAUGAUGAAGAGUAUGGAUAUAGAUGAUCAAGAGGCUCUUCAUGUGGCUCAUCUAAUGGCAUCCCAUGGAUAUUUCUUCCCUAUCGACGAUCACUGCCUUACCGUGAAGAACGACAACACGUUCUAUAGGUUUCAAACUCCCUAUUUUUGGCCAUCGAACUGUUGGGAACCUGAAAACACUGAUUAUGCUGUCUAUUUAUGCAAAAGGACGAUGCAGAACAAAACGCGACUGGAAUUGGCAGACUACGAGGCGGAGAACCUGGCUAGAUUGCAAAAGAUGUUUUCGCGAAAAUGGGAAUUUAUCUUUAUGCAGGCGGAAGCGCAGAGUAAAGUCGACAAGAAAAGGGAUAAGCUGGAAAGGAAAGUCUUGGACAGUCAAGAGAGAGCCUUCUGGGAUGUACAUCGGCCGAUGCCUGGAUGCGUAAACACCACUGAGCUGGAUAUUAAAAAAGCCUGUCGUAGUCACAAGUCCGUCGUACAACCGAGCAAGCACUUGCAGCUGGGGCUCGCGGGCGGCAGGAUAUCACCGUCUGCGGAACCGCACGCGAACUCGUCGACGUCGAUCGAAUUUUUACAGAAAGAGAUCGAGACGCUGAAAGACAGACUCGACAGGCCCGUCAUCAAAGUGUCGAAAGUAGCCGAAGCUCUGAUUGGAUACUUUGAGCAAUAUAUGGAGUACGACCCUUUUUUCACUCAACCUGAGUUGACGAAUCCGUGGAUAUCCGAUAGCCCAGAAAUGUGGGAGCAAGAGAAAUUAGCGAAAGAAAUAUCCACGAGGAGAGUGAAGAGAUGGGCGUUCAGUUUGCAAGAGCUUCUGCAGGAUCCCGUCGGUAGAGAACAAUUUAUACGCUUCUUAGAUAAGGAAUUUAGCGGCGAGAAUCUCAAAUUUUGGGAAACCGUACAGGAAUUAAAAACUUUACCGCAGAAAGACGUCCAAACGAAAGUCGAGGAGAUAUGGCGCGAAUUCUUGGACACGGACGCCAGUUGUCCUAUCAAUGUCGAUUCUCGGUCUUACGAGAUAACGAAAAAGAAUCUCGAAAAGCCGGACCAAUGGUGUUUCGACGUUGCCGCGGCGCAUGUAUAUCAUCUGAUGAAGAGCGACAGUUAUUCGAGAUAUUUGCGCUCAGAAAUGUACAAGGACUUCCUUAACGGAUCGAAGAAAAAGACUUCGGUAAAAGGCAUUCGUUCCAUCGUUUCCUUCACAGGACGGAGGGACACUACAGUCUCGUAACCUGCCAGUUUUUAACACUAUACUUGCGUCUCUCUGUAACUUGCUGUUCCGUUUAUCUCUCUUCUCAGCUCUGUCAGAACAUCACAAAACUAACGAGAGAAUCUUCAAGAUUGAAUGAGUAUUUUUUAUUUAAAUCAAUUCUAUAUAUUAUACCGAGAUGCAUUCGUAAUUAAAUAUUUUAUAUCGGUACGACGACUAAGAUUAUUUAAAACGUUGUCAUAUGAUCGCGUGCUAUACACUUCCCGGAACGAUCGAUCGAAUCGAUCAAACCUUCGCCAGAAGAAAAUCAUUUCGAGAGUUUAUCCAAAGUGCCGUCAUAUUGUUGGGAAUUGCGCAUUUCAUUGUAUCUUCGUAUAUGUACUACGUACAUUUUAUUCCGCCCGUUUUAUUUUUAUAUUUUAUUUGUUAAGUUUUUCUACCAUAACUUUGGACAAUGUAAUAAAUGUAAAUAAUGCGUGUAAAUAACGCGUUUUCUUAAUUCGUAUCGGAUGUAUCGGACACAUUAGACAAGAGCGCAGAUUAUAUAACAUACACGCACACACACGUACACGUGCAUACAUACACACAAGUUUAUUGUAUAAUAGCGGAACUUCUGUAUCUUUCAAUUACCACCGAAGUCUAUAGCCGAGCUGAAAUGAUAUCGCGUACUCGCGUCGGUAGUCGAUCGAUAUGUAUCCGACGAACUCGUAUAAUGCACAUAGAAUCAACCUUUCAUUGAGUCGUACAGGCAUUAUGUCGACAAUGAGUACAAUGUCUUGUGAAUCGACGCGCUUACAUGCGUACGUUUUUAUAUCGACUCAGUAAAGUGCACAAUAGUUUUUCAAGUGCACUAUGCGUUCGACCGAUCUCGUUACGAGAAUGUGUAUCGAUUUUAGUUACAAAUAAAUCGCCAGGCACGCGGUGAAAUAAAAAAUGUCUAAAAAAAAAAAAAAAA